CCUUGUGCGGUCGACUUUGACACACGCCUCAUAAUAUAAACUUCACUCAUAUCUCGUCAGAAAUGGAAUUGCGUCUAGUUAUCACUCGUUUUGUUUUCGUAAACUUUUUGACUGUGUUCUACAGUUUACUAACACUUUUGAUUAUUAGUUUAAGUUAUGUGAAAGAUCUCAUAUUCAGUACACCGCUGAAAAGGAAACUUGAACCACCGGCAUGUCUUACCGACCCGAAGUAUGGAGUACACAAAUAUAUCAAAGUUAAUAAUAUAAAGUUACAUUAUGUGGAGAGCGGUGACCCAACCAAGCCCCUCUUAAUAAUGCUGCAUGGCUUCCCAGAAUUUUGGUACUCCUGGCGCCAUCAGAUCGUGGAAUUCAAAAAGGACUAUUGGUGUAUCGCUGUCGACUUGCGUGGGUACGGAGAUUCGGAGCGACCAGAGGGCGUUGAUGAAUACCACAUCACUGUUUUAAUAGAAGAUAUCAGAGACCUCAUACAUCAACUAGGUCGUGAGAAAUGCAUACUCCUGACACAUGACUGGGGCGGCAUUGUAGGCUGCAAACUACGCGAUGUCUACCCUCAACUGUUGAGUUGUUUAGUUAUGCUUAGCAGCUUGACUAUAGAAGCUUGGGACAAGCGGAUACGGACCGACAUAAAACAACUAAGGAAGUCUUGGUAUGUGUUCAUGUUCCGCGCCCCUUACCUGGCGGAACAUAUGAUGUCUUUGAAUAACCUCGCGAUGUUUGACAAAUCAAUGUUGGUGCCCGGAAAAGAUACAGUCACGGCCGAAGACAUCGAGUGCUACAAGUAUUGGUUCGGCAAACAGUUUGCCUUCACUCCUCCCGUAAAUUACUACAGAGCUAAUGUGAUGUACAACGUGCCAAAUAAAUUACGUACCGGAGGUGUGCCUAUGCUAGUCGUUCACGCCGAGAAAGAUCUGUAUGUCGAAACAAAGAUCCAAGAAAUCCUCAAGGAAGAAUACGAUGACAUCGAGUGCAAAGUUAUACAGAAUUGUGGUCACUUUAUGCAGCAAGAAGAACCAGAGAAAGUGAACAAAAUUGUCAGAGAUUUUUUAGAGAAAAACAAUCUUUACUAGUCACUUCUAAAUUUAUUUGAGAAGUAACCAAAAUUGAAUAGGCAAUACAGAUUGUACGUACCUACAUAAUAGAAUAAAAGUACCUAAAGUACUUUUUAGCUGUUCUGGAUGAUUACCGAGAAAAGUCCCUUCAUUGUUAUUGACUGCUUCUAGACUUCAAAUAACGAUAGCUAAUUUAUAGAAAGUAAACAAUUCAUCUUAAGUGUAUAAAUAAUAAUUUUGGUUAUAUUUUGUAAGGCUGAUUAAAAUAAAAUACUUUUUGAAUUAUUUUUGUACCUAAUGAUCAAAAUACCAACAUGAUCUACU